CUUUUCGAACCGAAAUGGGAUGACAUCGUGUGCGGGGAACACUAGGAAAGGCUUAUAGUUAAUUGGGCGUUUUGGUUGUUCGUGUUUUACACAACCGCAUUUGAGCCCCUUUGAGAUUAGUUCCUCUAGGCCUAACAUCGCCCGGUUCCGACCGAUGGACGGCCGCUGGUGCCUAUUGUUUCCUAAUAUGGUACUUAUAGCCGCUCCUUGCCAUUGUCGCAUCGCUAUUGUAAGUUAGCUCUCAAAAGCUCCUCAGCCGUGUUUUGUAGGCUAUGCACCUCAAGCAUCAGAGCUUUAUGCCAUAAAUUAUGUCUCUGCAAGGUACACAGCACAUGAGUGGAUAUUGCCAAGGUCGAGGGUUCGACAACAAGCUCAUAGGCUCUGGUUUCCAAAUACGUCCGAUGUUGUUGCUAGCUCACUAGCUAACAAAUCUUUGUCUGCCCAAAUAAAGGGGCAGAGCCUACAGAAGAUUAAUUUCAGUCUAGUGUUCCCCGCAUGUUGAUUUCUCCGCAUCAUUUUGAGACGUGGGGUAGGGGAUGUCGGGUUCGGUGCUGCAUGUUUGGCUGUGUUUGAGAGAGCAUAUAUAUAUGUCUCCUCCUCUAUUAUAUGUCUCACCCAUUCUUGAUAGCCUUUACUUCAGCGUUACCCUCGGAGUAACAAACCUUAAACAUGGCCGACCGCAUGUCCUCAGAUGUUGAAACCACCGCCCCGGGGCCGAUAGUGCACCCUCGGCAACGAGUCCAGCUCGCAAAAAAGACAAUGUGGCAGUCUUUGAGGCACAACCCAAAGGUUCUCGUUAUCGCCUUCUUUGCCUCAUUCGGCGGCCUGGAAUAUGGCUACCAGCAGGGGGUUCUGGGACAAUCCCUGGUCAUGACCCGUUUCACCCACAGUUUCCCGUCAGUUAUUCAAUCGUCCUCUGCGACGGGGUGGCUCACCUCUGUGCUCCAGCUAGGCGGUAUUCUGGGAUCUCUUUCCGCUGGAAUCUUAGGUGAAAUAUUUUCUCGGAAGUACACCAUGUUCUUCGCAUGCUGUUGGGUCAUAUUGGGCAGUUACCUCUACGUUGGAGCCCAAGUUGGCAAUCCAUCUCUUCUCUAUGCCGGGCGAUUUUUCACGGGUGUUGGCGUCGGCCUUUUCAGUGGUGUAGGACCCCUAUACAAUGCUGAACUCGCCGCGCCCGAAAUGCGAGGCCUUCUCGUGUCCUUCUACCAAUUUGCGACCAUCCUCGGCAUUAUGCUCUCCUUUUGGGUCGGUUAUGGUAGCAACUAUAUUGGCGGUACUGGCGAGACGCAAUCAGAUUUGGCAUGGCGCCUGCCCUCCAUCAUUCAAGGAAUCCCUGCCGUAUUUCUCGCGAUCGGAAUCUGGUGGAUGCCAUUCUCACCAAGAUGGCUUGUUAAAGUUGGAAGAGAUGAUGAGGCAAAAUCGACGCUGGCGUGGUUGGCGAAGUUGCCGAUUGACCACGAGUUGGUCCAGGUGGAAUAUUUGGAGAUUAAGGCCGAAGCAGUGUUCGAAGAGAGAGCUUUUGCCAAGGCAUUCCCAAAGCUGGCCGAGAAAGAACAUAGAAGCAUCUUUAUGAAUCAAGUUGCACAAUACGCCAACUGUUUCAGGACUAUGGACAACUUCAAGAGGGUUUGUACAGCGUGGUUGGUCAUGUUCUUCCAGCAGUGGAGUGGUAUCGACGCCAUCAUUUAUUACGCUUCAAAUGUGUUUGUCAGCCUUGGGUUGACUGGUGGCACAAUCGCUCUAUUGGCAACUGGUGUCACUGGCGUCGUCUUCAUAGUCAGCACUAUACCUGCUAUGUUGAUCAUUGAUAAGGUUGGUCGAAAGCCCAUGCUUCUGGUCGGCUCAGUGGUCAUGUUUGUGAGCAUGGUGUCAGUUGGUAUUAUCGUCGCGAAAUUCCGCCAUGACUGGCCGUCCCAUGCUACCGCUGGAUGGAUUGCCGUUGCGUUCAUAUGGGUUUACAUUGCUGGCUUCGGUGCCACAUGGGGUCCAGUUUCGUGGACACUCGUGUCUGAGAUUUUCCCACUCUCCAUCCGUGCAAAAGGAGCGUCCAUCGGAGCUUCCAGCAACUGGAUCAACAAUUUCGCGAUUGCCUUUUUCGUGCCUCCCAUGCUCGAGGCAUGGGCAUGGGGGACCUACAUAUUUUUCGCUGCCUUCCUUUUCGUCGGUAUCAUCUGGGUAUACUUCUUCCUUCCGGAGACAAAGAAUGCGACUUUGGAGGAAAUGGACAGAGUGUUCAAGAGUCACACUGGUGAACGAGAUGCCGAGCUACUACGGGAGGCGCAAAAAGAUGUUGGCUUGACGUCAUUCUUGGAGCGAAACAUCGGUGGUAAUGAGACCAAAAGUAUGGCAAAAGAGACUUACAUUGAGAAGAUAUAAUAAUCGAACUUUUAAGGAACCGAGCUAAAGCCGAUCCUGUACUGUUCUAGUACAUGGAAUAGAUACAAGGCGGAGGUAAGGCAGGGGUGAUGGUCUGAAGGAGGAAAUGUAUGCAUAUUGCCGAGUAUUAUAAUUAGUCGCUUUAUACAGAAUGAUCUACUACUAG